AUGCUGUUUUCAAGCGCAAACAGGCUGUACCUCCGUCGAAUACUUCGCUGGCGAGCGACGAGGAUUGCACUUCUUCUUCUGUUUUUGAUCAACGUCUUUGAUAUUCUGCGAAUACAGCGCGAUAUCGUCCAUGGAGACCGAGAACACGGGCUGCGCAGCGGCAGCGGGGCGAUGCGACGCCGCGAGAGGAUAUACAUUGCGAGCAUGCAUUGGAACAACGCAGAGGUGCUCAAGGACUACUGGAACGAUGCGGUGAUUAAGCUCACCGAGACGUUCGGCACGGACAAUGUGUUUGUGAGCAUUUACGAGAGCGGGAGCUGGGACGACAGCAAGGAAGCUCUACAGACGCUAGAUGCGGAGCUUGAGAAGAGGAACGUGCCGAGACGGGUCGAGGUGUCGGAUACCACGCACUACGACGAGAUUACGAAGCCGAAGAGUGAGAGGGGCGAAGGGUGGAUAGAUACGUCGAGGGGGGAGAGGGAAUUGAGGAGGAUUCCCUACUUGGCGAAGCUACGAAACAAGACGAUACAGGACUUGAUUGAGUUGAGCGAGAAGGGAAUCAAGUUUGACAAAGUGCUGUUCCUAAACGAUGUGGUUUUCACGGUUGAAGAUGUAUUGACAUUGAUGGACACCAACGGGGGAAACUAUGCUGCAGCCUGCUCCAUGGACUUUUCGAAGCCGCCGCUGUACUACGAUACCUUUGCGCUGCGCGAUAUCGAAGGAAAUGCACAUGUUAUGCAGACAUGGCCCUAUUUCAGGUCCAGGACCUCAAGGAAUGCAUUGGUGAACCACUUGGACGCAGUCCCGGUGUCGAGCUGCUGGAAUGGUAUAGUCGUCAUGCCCGCCGAGCCCUUUGUGUCGUCCACACAGCUUCGCUUCCGCGCCGUCUCUGACUCCCUCGCCGCUCACCACCUCGAAGGCUCCGAAUGCUGCCUAAUCCACGCCGAUAACCCACUUUCCAAGACAAAGGGCGUGUAUCUCAACCCGCGAGUCAGGGUGGGCUACAAUUACCCGGCUUACGCGGCGACGCAUCCCGCGACAAAGGCGUGGGUGUCUCCGUGGGAUAUCUUCACUGGCCGGUGGGUCAAUAGAUUUCGGAGAUGGACGACGUGGACUUUUGAUUCGUGGACGGUGAGAUGGAGAGUAGGGCGCUGGGAGAGGGAGAAGAAGGGGAAUCGCGAGCCGGGCGAGUUUUGCUUGAUCAAUGAGAUGCAGGUAUUGGUCCACAAUGGAUGGGCUCAUGUGUGA